CAUGGGAGGUCAUUGUCAUUGUGAUGCUCGGUACAAACUGUAACUUUAUUUUGUAGCUGUACUUUUAUUAAAUCAGCUGUGUUAUGUUCUGUUUGAGUAGAUGCUUGUAAAGUUAGCGAUUACCGCAUUAGUGAAGCGCCGAACGCCGUUGUCCUCGAAUUUGUUCAGAAUAUCAAGAGCCACCAUGUCGACAGAACAGCCCCUUACCUUGGAGGCACUGAACAAACUGAGAAGCGACUUCUAUGCGGACCCCAAGAAUGAGCUGGCACAGAAUGUGUGCACCCGCUUCGACCCAUUCGAGGUGGCCAUCAGCCGGAAGAAGGCCGACUCCACACUCCAUGUCUAUAAUAUUAAGAUAGAGUCGGAAGGCAAGCCGGUGACGAACCAGGAGAGCUCCGGCCGCUGCUGGCUGUUCGCGGCGCUCAACUGCAUGCGCCUGCCCUUCAUGAAGAAGUACGCCAUCGAGGAGUUCGAGUUCUCACAGAGCUACCUGUUCUUCUGGGACAAGGUGGAGCGCUGCCACUACUGGCUGCAGAACAUCGUGCGCACGGCCCGCGCCGGCGAGCCGCUCGACGGACGACUCGUCGGCUUCCUGCUCAAGGACCCGAUAAACGACGGCGGUCAGUGGGACAUGAUCGUGAACCUGGUGAACAAGUACGGCGUGGUGCCGCGCCGCUGCUUCCCCGACGCCUUCAGCUCCCGGCGUUCACUGCACAUGAACGCUAUACUCAAGACUAAGUUGCGUGAGUACGCCAAGGAGCUGCGUGACCUGGUGGAGGAGAAGGCCACGGAUGAGGCUAUUCAAGCCGCCAUCAGCCGCCAGGUGGCCGUCAUCUACAAUAUUGUCGCCACCUGCCUCGGCACUCCCCCGGAAAAGUUCCAGUUUGAGUUCUACAACAAGGAGAAGGCGUACCACAACUUCGGCAUGCUCACUCCACAGCAGUUCUAUGAAACGCAUGUUAGACCCGUGUUCAACGUGGAUGACAAGGUGUGCCUGGUGAGCGACCCGCGCGCCUCCAACCCCUUCGGGCGGCUGUACACGCUGCACUGCCUCGGCAACGUGCUGGGCGGGCGCCAGACCGCCUACAACAACCAGCCCAUAGACACGCUCAUGCAGGUGGUGAAGGCGAGCAUCUCCGGCAACGAGGCGGUGUGGUUCGGCUGCGAGGUGUCCAAGCGCUUCGAGCGCAAGAACGGACUCGAGGACCUGGACGCCCACGACUACAAGCUGGUGUUCAACACGGAGGUGCAGGUGGGGCUGGCGAAGGCGGCGCGGCUGCAGUACGGCGACUCCUGCAUGACGCACGCCAUGGUGUUCACCGCCGUCGGCACCGAUGAGCUGGGCAACCCCACGAAGUUCCGCGUGGAGAACUCGUACGGGGACAAGGAGUACGACAAGGGCUACCUGCUCAUGUCCGCCGAGUGGUUCAGAGAGUUCGUGUUCGAGGUGGUAGUGGACAAGAAGUACGUCCCGGCGGAGGUGCUCGAGGUGUUCAAGCAGCAGGCGACGGUGCUGCCGGCCUGGGACCCCAUGGGCACGCUGGCCUGCCCGCUGUGCGACCGCGAGUGCUAGCGAACUUAUACCAGAGAACCUUAGUCCAGCUACCGUACCACCACUGAUACAUUAGCAAUGAACAAUCUAUAGCAGC